AUGCCGUAUAGGGUCCCCAGACGCGCGCUGCCGUUAGUCUUAUAUGUUCCCCCUCGUCGGCCGCUCUUUCCCACGUCAUACCGCUUUCCUCGUCGCCCGCAAUUUCCCUCAUCUCCCUCGCCGACCCUCGCCGCCGUCGCCUCUGCUUGUCGCCCGCGCUUCCCGUCGUCGCCCUUGCUUCCCCGUCACCCGUGCUUCCCGUCGUCGCCCUUGCUUCCCUGUCACCCGUGCUUCCCGUCGUCGCCCUUGCUCUCCCGUCACCCGCGCUUCCCGUCGUCACCCUUGCUUCCCCGUCACCCGCGCUUCUUCUCAUCUCUCGCUCUCCUCCUCAACAUCUUCGUUUUCCUCGUCGCCAUAACGCCCUCGCUUCUGCCCCCCUGCUUCCCCCUUUGCCCUGAUUCCUUCCACCCUCUGCCCUGCUCCCCCCCAUCCCCUUCCCUGCUUCCCCCCACCCUCUGCCCUGCUCCCCCCAUCCCGUUCCCUGCUUCCCCCCACCCUCUGCCCUGCUCCCCCCCACCCUCUGCCCUGCUUCCCCUCAUCCCAUUCCCUGCUUCUCCCCACCCCCUGCCCUGCUUCUUCCCAUCCCCUUCCCUGCUUCCCCCAUCCCCUUCCCUGCUUCCCCCCAUCCCCUUCCCUGCUUCCCCCCAUCCCCUUCCCUGCUUCCCCCCAUCCCCUUCCCUGCUUCCCCCCAUCCCCUUCCCUGCUUCCCCCCAUCCCCUUCCCUGCUUCCCCCCAUCCCCUUCCCUGCUUCUCCCCAUCCGCUUCCCUGCUUCCCCCCAUCCCCUUCCCUGCUUCCCCCUACCCUCUGCCCUGCUCCCCCCCAUCCCCUUCCCUGCUUCCCCCCAUCCCCUUCCCUGCUUCUCCCCAUCCCCUUCCCUGCUUCCCCCCAUCCCCUUCCCUGCUUCCCCCCAUCCCGUUCCCUUCUUCCCCCCAUCCCCUUCCCUGUCUCCGUGGGGCACUGAUGUGCAAGGGGGCACUGAUGUGCAAGGGGGCACUGAUGUGCAAGGGGGCACUGAUGUGCAAGGGGGCACUGAUGUGCAAGGGGGCACUGAUGUGCAAGGGGGCACUGAUGUGCAAGGGGGCACUGAUGUGCAAGGGGGCACUGAUGUGCAAGGGGGCACUGAUGUGCAAGGGGGCACUGAUGUGCAAGGGGGCACUGAUGUGCAAGGGGGCACUGAUGUGCAAGGGGGCACUGAUGUGCAAGGGGGCACUGAUGUGCAAGGGGGCACUGAUGUGCAAGGGGGCACUGAUGUGCAAGGGGGCACUGAUGUGCAAGGGGGCACUGAUGUGCAAGGGGGCACUGAUGUGCAAGGGGGCACUGAUGUGCAAGGGGGCACUGAUGUGCAAGGGGGCACUGAUGUGCAAGGGGGCACUGAUGUGCAAGGGGGCACUGAUGUGCAAGGGGGCACUGAUGUGCAAGGGGGCACUGAUGUGCAAGGGGGCACUGAUGUGCAAGGGGGCACUGAUGUGCAAGGGGGCACUGAUGUGCAAGGGGGCACUGAUGUGCAAGGGGGCACUGAUGUGCAAGGGGGCAUUGGCUCCUGUGUGGUCUGUAGCGGCAUGUGUGGCUUGCACUGCAGUCGCACGGAUGCGCACUGCCCUGCUGUCGCGUUGGAGCAUUCUAGAUGGCCUUUGGGGUGGGCACACGUGGCCCCUGUCGCACCACCACCAUGA